GAGCGCAGCGCUGCCCCGCUCCCCCCAGCCCUUCCCGGGGAGCGGAGGGGACCGAGCCGGCCGCCGCUGAUUGCCCGGGACGUGCCAUGGGCUCCCAUGCCACGGGCUGCUGCCAAGAGCCCCCUGCGACCCCCGAGGCUGCGAGGAUGCCGACGGCUGCCACCCAUGGUGGAUGUUGAUGUUUGUGCGGGUGGAGAUAGCACCAGAAGAAAAAUGGAUGCUCUGACGGAUAGUGCAGUUGAGAUUGUCCCCUUGGAGCUCUAUGAUUCAGCCCGAGCAAAAAUAGCUGCUAAUCUACAAUGGAUCUGUGCUAAAGCCUACGGAAUAGACAACGUCCCCGAGGAGCUGAAGGACCCGUUUUACAUCGACCAGUACGAGCAGGAGCACAUCAAGCCCCCGGUGAUCAAGCUGCUGCUGUCCAGCGAGCUGUACUGCCGCGUCUGCAGCCUCAUCCUCAAGGGUGACCAGGUGGCAGCUCUGCAGGGCCACCAGUCCGUCAUCCAGGCCCUGUCUCGGAAGGGGAUUUACGUCAUGGAGAGCGAUGACACACCUGUGUCUGAGUCCGAUCUGGGCUCGGCACCAAUCAAGAUGAGUUCUCAUAUGGCAAUGAUUGAUGCUCUCAUGAUGGCCUACACCGUGGAAAUGAUCAGCAUUGAGAAGGUGGUGGCGAGUGUCAAGCGCUUCUCGACGUUCAGUGCCUCUAAAGAACUGCCCUAUGACUUGGAGGAUGCAAUGGUUUUCUGGAUUAACAAGGUGAACCUUAAAAUGAGAGAGAUAACAGAGAAGGAGAUUAAAUUAAAACAGCAACUCAUGGAAAGUCCAGGGCAUCAAAAGUCUCCUUCCAAAUGGUAUUGGAAAUUAGUACCUGUGCGUUACCGACGGGACCAUCCGUCCAGUAGGCAAUUACCUUAUUUCCCUUUGCUGGAGGAUCUGAUGAAGGAUGGUAGUGAUGGUGCUGCUCUUCUAGCUGUGAUACACUAUUAUUGUCCAGAGCAGAUGAAACUGGAUGAUAUCUGUUUGAAGGAGGUGACAUCAAUAGCAGACAGCCUCUACAACAUCCAACUUCUGAGAGAGUUCUCAAAUGAAUACCUGAACAAAUGCUUUUACCUCACCUUGGAGGACAUGCUGUAUGCUCCUUUGGUUCUGAAGCCUAACGUCAUGGUGUUCAUUGCAGAACUCUUCUGGUGGUUUGAGAAUGUCAAACCAGACUUUGUGCAACCCAGAGAUAUUCAGGAGAUAAAAGAUGUCAAAGCAGUGAUGCAGCAGAAGAGCAGCCGCCCCCCUGUCCCCAUUUCCAACGCCACCAAGCGCAGUUUCAUGGCCAGUCCUGCCGGUCCCAGCCCUGCAGAGCUGCAGCCCUCGGCCCAGACAGCCCCUGAGGCCUGCAGCAGGUACUACCUGCACCCCGAGGAGCCUGAGUACCUUGGCAAAGGAGGAAGCCCUGCCUUUAGCCCUUCCCAUCCACUGCUCCCUUUGAGGCAAAAGCAACAAAAAUCUUUACAGGGAGAAGACAGCCCUGGGCAGCGGCAUCGUUCGAAUUCUCUCACCCGUGUGGACGGGCAGCCACGAGGGGCAGUUCUUGCGUGGCCAGAGAAGAAACCCAGGCCUCUGUCUCAGCCAACACCGUUUGCUCUUCAUCAUUCUGCCAGCACUGAUGUGGACCCCGGGUCUGGUGACAGCAUCAGCCUGGCCAGAUCCAUCAGCAAGGACAGUCUGGCUUCAAACAUCGUCAAUGUAACCCCCAAAAACCAGCCCCACCCUCCAGCGGCGAAAGCCAACGGGAAGAGCUUGCUGAACAACGUGGAGAUGGAGGAUGAGGAUGAAGAGCUCAUUGCAAUUAUCAGGUCUGAGGAAAGGCCAAGCCGGGGUGACCUGGAGGUGCAGAAUGCACCAGCCAGGGUGCCCAGCAUAGUGACAUCAGCCUGGUCCCCAAAAACAAACAGCGACACCUCGGACGGCAAACCAGAGAGCUUUUACCUGGAGCCCUUAAUGCCUGCAGUUCUGAAACCAGCCAAGGAAAAACAGAUCAUCAACAAGGAGGAGGAGUGUGGGGAGGGGAAGCAGAGGAGUUUUGUAACCAAGAGGUUGAAUGAAGGACACUUGCCUUUGGGCCGCAAGAAAGCGCCGAGCAGUCACGGCGAGCAUGACCUCAACAGGACUUUUACUCCCAUUUCUAGCUCUGAUUACACUCCAGCUGCAGAUCCCACUUCUGCAGAUCCAGUGGCCCUGGGGGAAGCGGGUUUAGAAGCUUCCAGACCUUUGGCCAGUAGCAGUUUAGAUCCUUCCUCUCAGGAGGUAUCCACUGGAGGAUUCUUUCUUCAUGCUGCUAAAGCUGAUGAUGAGGUAACGAGCAAAGUCAAUGUAAGUUAUGUGAAAGGGCUCAAUUUGCACGUUCAGGACACAACCUGGACCAUGGUGAGACAGGACUCGGAGUCGGAUCUCUUGGACAUGGAAGACGCCGAGCAGGAUUUGGCGGUCAUGGAUGACCAUCCCAUAGUCACCAAGUACAUCGGGGAGGAGGAAUCUGCAAAGCUGCAGGAGGACAUGAAGGUGAAAGAGCACGAGGACAAGGAUGAUGCCAGUGGGCGCUCCAGCCCCUGCCUGAGCACCAUCUCCCAGGUGAGCAGCGUGUCCAUGGCCAGCGGCAGCGUCCGCAUGACCAGCUUCGCUGAGCGGAAACUGCAGAGGCUCAACAGCUACGAGACCAAGUCGAGCACGAGCAGCUCCCAGAAGACCACCCCAGAUGGGUCAGAGAGCUGCCCAGCACCACUGACCACGUGGAAACAGAAACGAGAGCAGAGCCCCAGCAGGCAGAACAAAGAUAACGUCAACCUUUUGGCUUCGGAGCUGGUGCAGCUCCACAUGCAGCUGGAAGAGAAACGCCGCGCCAUAGAAGCUCAGAAAAAGAAGAUGGAAGCCUUGUCAGCAAGGCAGAGGCUAAAGCUGGGCAAGGCAGCUUUCCUGCAUGUUGUUAAGAAAGGGAAAUCUCCCGAUGGCCCACAGCCCCUUAAACCAGAACACUUUGCGAAAGAGUACGCUCGGCACAACGGGGAGGACUUGGACGAAGUUUCUUUGGGUUCCAAACCCGAGGAGUUUCUUGGGAAGGAGGAGGAGAGAGAAGAAAUGCUCGGUGAUUCCCAAGAAGUGGCGAAAGUCAAAAUGCAGGAAAGCCUGGCUUUUGCUGAGCAACACAAAGCAAAAGACUCUGCUGCUAUACAUGAUCUGGAAAAGAGUAAAAUCAUUUCCGUCGCCCUCCUAGAAGACAACGUGACUGAGGUGGACAUAAAUGAAUGUGACCUUUCUAUUGAAAAACUGAACGAAACAAUCAGCACCCUUCAGCAGGCCAUCCUAAAGAUUUCCCAGCAACAGGAGCUGCUUAUGAAAUCUCCAACAGUGCCAUCCCCAGGAGCCAGAAGUAACUCUCAGGACCAAAAGGUAAAGCCUUCGAUUCAUUUUGUGGAGCCCCUGUCUCCAACCGGAAUGAACAGCCUGCGGAAGCCACCCCGGUUUGGCCAAGGGAGGACUCCUCGGUCAGGAAGACCGGCUGAUCUCAAAGUCCCUAAAGACAGACAGCAAAACUCAACACGAGUUAAAACCCCAACCCCAAGCCUAGAAAACCUACCCCAUUUGAGACCAUUCCCACCCAACAGCUUGGCAAAGACACCCACGGAAAUGGGCUUGGAAGGGAGUCCCGACCUCGGAAGUGGCUCUCAGGAGAAGUGUUUCUUUGAUACCUACAGACUCCACGACGAGAGCAAUCAAAGGGCACUUGUCCUCUCCACCUCCAAAGAUGCCAACAUUCUGUCUGAAAUGAGCCAGGAGGUGAACAGCAGCUUCAAGGACACGGGGCUGAAUUCUUCUGAUGGCUCAGGCAAAGAGAACGUCCCGGUGGAGGAGCCGCUGAGAAGCAAAGCCAACCUCAUUGAGGUGGACUUGUCUGACUUGAAAGCUCCAGAGGAAGGAGAGCUUGAAAACCAGGAUAGCUCCACGGAUCUGAUCAGUGAAGGUGAUCAGAAGUCUGGUGUGGGCUUUUUCUUCAAGGAUGAGCAGAAGGCAGAGGACGAGUUGGCCAAGAAGCGCGCGGCGUUCCUGCUGAAGCAGCAGCGCAAAGCCGAGGAGGCUCGGCUGCGGAAACAGCAGCUGGAGGCCGAGGUGGAACAGAAAAGAGAUGAAGCUCGCCGCAAGGCCGAGGAGGACCGGAUACGGAAAGAGGAGGAGAAGGCUCGGAGAGAACUUAUCAAGCAGGAGUAUCUGAGGAAAAAACAGCAGCAAAUUUUGGAGGAGCAAGGGCUUGGAAAGCCCAAAUCCAAGCCCAAAAAACCCAGGCCAAAGUCGGUCCAUCGUGAAGAGUCUUACAGCGAUUCGGGGACAAAGUGCUCUUCCACACCUGAUAAUUUGAGCAGUGCUCAGUCUGGUUCCAGUCUGUCUUUGGCCUCAGCAGCAACAACUGAGCCUGAAAGUGUUCACUCGGGUGGCACCCCCUCGCAGAGAGUUGAAUCAAUGGAGUCCUUACCCAUUCUGAGCAGAAAUCCCAGCAGGAACACAGAGAGAGACUGGGAAAACGCUUCCACAGCAUCUUCUAUCGCUUCAGUGGCAGAAUACACAGGUCCAAAAUUAUUUAAGGAACCCAGCAGCAAAUCCAACAAGCCUAUUAUUCACAACGCUAUAUCUCACUGCUGUCUUGCUGGAAAAGUGAAUGAACCACAUAAGAACUCAAUAUUAGAGGAACUAGAAAAAUGUGACGCCAACCACUACAUCAUCUUGUUCCGCGACGCCGGCUGCCAGUUCCGAGCACUUUACUGCUACUACCCCGACACGGAGGAGAUCUACAAGCUGACAGGAACGGGGCCAAAGAGCAUCACCAAGAAGAUGAUUGACAAACUCUAUAAGUACAGCUCGGACAGAAAACAGUUUAACGUGAUUCCAGCCAAAACCAUGUCCGUCAGCGUGGACGCCCUGACGAUCCAUAACCACUUGUGGCAGGCCAAGCGACCCGCAGUGCCAAAGAAGAGCCAGACUCGGAAAUGACACCCAGCUCCCUGGGGAAAGAGGAUCUGCUGGCUUGGGACUGCAGCAAGAGAAGAUGUGUUUACCAUUUUCCUCCGGUUUGGAACGAGAAGUGCAGAACCAUAAAUGCUUUUUAAGGGGCUUCGGGACGGGAACGGCGGAUGGGAGUUCUUGAGGAUGAAGGAACGUUGCCAGUGUUUUUUUAGGAAUGAUCAACCUGCUGUUAUACCCAAUGCUGUAACUACUGUGGCUUUCAGCUGACGAGGGGACUGUGUGCAUGUAGCAAGAUCUUUAACAAGUGGAUUUCCUUUUACUUGAAGCUUUUCAUCGGUACAAAUUGGGAAUAAUUUAAUUCUCUCUCCUCUCCACCUCAUUCCCUCCUUUUCUCUCCUGUCGUUCCCAAAAGUUGGCGAGCUCUGAACUGCGGUAGGAGGAUUGAACAGAUCUUGGGUGAAGUGCUUUGGGUUUGGUUUGGGGUUUUUUUUUUUAAAACAGA